AUGUCGAGAGCUAAGAUACGUUUCGCACCAUUACCAGACCCACGCCAACAGACAGACGACGACGAGUCUGAGACCGACCUCUCAGCCCCCUUCCCACCGUCGUCAGACACGGCGAGCGACAUUUCUACUAGCAUUUCGCCCCCCUCGACCUCUGCCCUUCCUACUCCACAACACCAUACCACUCCUCGAUUACCCUUCUGGGCGUUUUCGAAGAAGAAAUAUUCUGGAGACUCGCAGUCUAGUUCAGCCUCCAGUUCCAUGCACUCGCUUACGCCUACACAAAGCCUCACUGGGCCUGUGAGCUUUUCCACGCCGAGGUUGCUGAGUAUGUUCCGGGGUGGGGAAAAGGAGAACGGGCACCCACUUUCUCGUUGGUCAAGCCCUGGGAGCACGACGAGUGCUGAUGCUGGGCUGUGGAGGUCGCAGAGUACUCAGUCAUACGUGCCGAAGCAACAGCGGAAGGGACGAGCGCCUCCACCACGAAAAACCGACGGCCUCCUAGCCACUAUACAUACGCCAAAUCCGGCAAAGGGAACGCGGAUGCUUAAUGGGCGGGUCUAUGGUCAAAAGAAAGCUCAGAGAGAAAGGAAUCUCUUUGCUACUGCUCCAGAUGCCGAACCAGAGUUUGUCGAAUGGGGGUAUGGCGGGAUGGGAAGCGUGAAGUCAUCGAGGGAGGCGGGUGGGAAGAUGUGGGGCAAGCUGCAGAGUGAGGCCCGGGACGACGAUGAUGAUGGCGGCGGAAUGGCGUGGGUAAAGAAGCGUCGGGAGGAGCGGGAGCGUAAGGCGCGUGAGGAGCGGGAAGCCAAGGAGAAGGAGGAGCGGGAAGCAAGGGAGAAGGAGAAGGAGCGGGAGGCAUUGUCACUACCAUCGCCUCCAACAUCACCGUCAUCAUCAUUGACGCCGACGGGCCACCCAACAUGCUCGGCGAUAUCACCUGACGACAGCGAACACAACUUGCGAGCCGUGACGCUACCGGCCGCCUUUGUGAUGCGACAGGAGCAAUCAACGGAUGCCGACGGUGAAGACGAUGAUUCAGACAAUGAGGAGUACAGUGAGGGUGAAGAAGAGUCAGAGGACGAUGAGGCCGCCCGGAAAACAGUGCUCGGGGCGGGCGUCGAGAAGAUUAGUCGGCACAAGGUGUCGACUUAGCUUGCAUUUUUUUUUCCACUUACACUGCAAUUAUUUUAUUUUUGGGUUAUCAUCUCUAGCGUAUCGUAGUUUAGUUAUACACGACAUCAUUAUA